UACGUUAAGCCCAUGAACUUUGAGGAGGAAGUCCGCGCCCACAGAGACCUGGACGGCUUUCUGGCCCAGGCAAGCAUCCUUCUGGAUGAAAAAGCUGCCACUCUGGAUGAGGUGCUAAGGCGAAUGUUAACUCACGUUGUGGUCGAAGGCCGUGAGAGUUGGGAUGUGGAUGAGAUCAUGAACUCACUGUUCACAGACGCAGGAAGGAAAGAGAUCAAUGUUCAUCUUCUGUCAGAAACCAUUCAGGGUGUGACGGCAACUUCUACUGGCAUUCAUUACCAGCAGUCCUGGCUUUGUAUCCUCUCGAAUGUGAGGAAUCUGCAGAGACGUCAUGUCUGCAUCACCCGCCUGGAGAGGCCACAAAACUGGGGCGUCAACUGUUGUGAAGCUUGCUACGUCGUCCUUAUCCUCGCUCCACCUAGAACA